GGACAAUUGUGCCAUCCUUCUUCCCAACACAGAAAAACAAAUUAAGUACGGCAACAUUACAGUACGGCGAAAAUUGAGCUCUCCGGCGAGUGGCGAUGAAUUGGAAGACUAUUUCCGGGCUAUAAAUGUGUUGGAGGACGGAGAAUACAACAACGAUGGAGCCACAAAGAAUGUUUGGCUUCUCUAAAAGACGAGAGAUGACCCAACGGCCGGCCACCGAAAGUGGAGUAGAGCAGAAAUAUGGGCUCAUGUUCUUUGGUCUCAAUCGCCUUGUUACUGUUGUUUUGCAUCGCAGCAAGAUCUUCUAUCGAUGGAUCUCCGAUUAUGGCGGCGGCGGCCGUGGCGGUGAAUAUUUUUGGAGAAAAGUUUAUCGGCGAUGGCGAUGUAACACUGACAUUCUGCUACUGAAAUUUAAUUGCAUUUCUGCUACUGAAAUCUGAUUGUAAUUGUGUUGUUAAU